UAUGUGGUCUGUUUUGAUCCCCUUGAUGGAUCUUCCAACAAUAACUGCCUUGUGGCCAUUGGAACCAUUUUUGGCAACAAUAGAAAGGUAACAACUAAUGAGCCUUCAGAGAAUGCUCUACAGCCAGGCAGGAACCUGGUGGCAGCCAGCUAUGCCCGCUAUGGCAGCGCCACCAUGCUGGUGCUUGCCAUGGAGUGUGGUGUCAACUGCUUCAUGCUGGACCCGGACAUGGGAGAGUUCAUUUUAGUGGACAAGGAUGUGAAGAUCAAAAAGAAAGGUACCAUCUACAGCCUUAAUGAAGGCUACGCCAAGGAUUUUGACCCUGCUGUCACUGAGUAUGUUAAGAGGAAAAAGUUCCCCCCAGAUAACUUAGCUCACUGUGGUGCCUGGUGUGUGGGCUCCAUGGUGGCCAAUGUUUACUACACUCUGGUCUAUGGUGGGAUCUUUCUGUACCCCUCUACUAAGAAGAGCCUGAACAGAAAACUGAGGCUGCUGUAUGACUGUAAUCCCAUGGCCUAUGUCAUGGAGAAGGCGGGGGGUGUGGCUACCACUGGCAAGGAAGCUGUACUAGACAUCGUUCCCACUGACAUCCACCAGAGGGCGCCGUUCAUCUUGGGGUCCCUGAAAGGUGCAGGAGUUCCGGGAGGUUUACCAGCAACACUCUGCCAAGUGAGGGGCUGACCUCGCCCACUCCGGAAGGAGUGUCUUCCACGCUGACCUUUGUCUCUCGUCGCGUUCUGGCGGCGCAUCCUACUGUCCCUAGACAGCAGAAAUAAAAGGCGUGGCUGCUUUCCCCCUCAAAAGCUGUGUAAUGCCUGGUGCUACAUAGCAAAAUGCUGUCUCCAUGAUGUCACGGGUGGGCAAGA